CUUAAACUUGGACAUAGAUACAACAAAGGAUACCUAUAUAAUAGACAAAAAACAGAAAGCUCUAAAUACAGCUGCAGAUAUACACAAACAGCUCAGCACCUACUGCUUAGCUAUAGAAACUACAGAGAAGCAAGAAAGAAAAUAAAGAGCAGCCUACAGGAGACAAGACUUACAAUACUUACAAUGUCUCUUCUCCUAGACACAAAUAGGGGAAUCUUAGCUACUCUAGCUUUUAUUUAA